AUGGCUAUUUGUGGGAUUCUUGCAAUUCACAAGCGAGCGCUGAGUCCAUUAGAGAUUGCAAAGGAGCUUAAACAGAGGAAUUGGAGUGGAUUUAGUGGAAACGCACCAGCUACCUCGAUAAAUAAUAUAUUUCGUCACAGGGAAUCAACAAAUAUUAUCAGAAAGCAUAAAUUAUCUGGUACUGCGAAUGAUGAUAAAAUUCUCCCUCACAUUGGCAUCUCUUCAAACGUAUCUACUAAAUCAAAUAGAGCAGGCGUAAUUUACUUUUUAAACUGUGAAAUUUUUGAUCAGAAAUCUCCUUGGGAAGCCGCAGGUGUUAUAGAUCCAUAUAGGAGCUCCAAACCUACACACAGUUCAAACCCUUCAAAUCCAACAAAGAGAAGAUUUUCAGACAGAAUAACUAAUCAACCAAUCAAAUCUAGAAAAUUAACGAAGUACCCGAUUUCACCUGCUAACAGUGAUCAUGAAGAUAAAAACCCACAAACACAUCGUAGACUGAGAUCUAAUCACACCGUCGACAUGAACCUUGACCUCUUGGAUGACUUACCAAAACCAUCCUCAAAACCUAAGAAUAGGUCAAAUAAACCUGCAGUCGUCAGUGAUAAUCCUGUUCUUACUCCUCCUUCACCUCCCCAAUCUCAAACUUCUCAACAACAAGACGAUGACUUUCUGGUUUCAAUCAUGUCACCUUCGGAUAACUUUUCAGAUCCACCAGGCUCACCAGACUUACCAAAGUCACCAGGAAGCACCGACCAAAACGCCCACCAAAACACCAAUUACCAACCACAUAAAUCUACAAAACUUGCCAGCAUGUCAUCACUCGAGAAAGAACUCGAUGAACUAUCACCGCUAUCCAACCAAAUGGAUUGCGUUGAGUCGAAAGAUGACGUCAUAUGCAACUUAGCCACUCCACCACUGUCACCAAGACUAUCUGACGAUUUAUCAGUCGAUGCUCUCGAAGAGCUAGACACUCUUUGGACACACCAAGUUAAUCGCACUCGCAGAGCAGAUAGCUUGGUUGACAGAGACCUUUUCAACAGCUUGAACUAUGUUGAAUCUAUCAGAGCUGCAGCUAGGCAGUAA